GAGGAGGAUGACCGGAAGGAGUGACGACUUUAGUAAACUUCAUUCUUAAUUAAGAUGCUACCUGGUCUGGAUUAGUGCGGAGACGGUGCUGGCCUCGGAAACUCGCCGCUCGAGACGCUUUGAUGGUCAAAGCGAACGUUUAACUCGUGAGCGGGUUCGGUCCAGUUGGCGUCUUCUUCGGUGCUUUUUUCUUCUUCUUCUUUUCCUUGUGGAGAAGUGAAGACAUGGCCGGAGUUAUCCCCGAGAUCCGAGGACUUAUAAUGGACGAGGAGGAAUCCAGAAUCCUGAGAGUGAAAGUCAUUGCUGGAAUUAGCCUGGCUAAAAAAGACAUACUUGGAGCAAGUGAUCCAUACACAAGAUUAUCCCUCUAUGACCCUGUUAAUGGAGAGUUAACAAGCCUUCAGACUAAAACAAUAAAAAAGACACUGGACCCGAAGUGGAACGAAGAGUUCUAUUUCCGAGUUGAUCCCAGGAAGCAUCGCUUGCUGCUGGAGGUGUUUGAUGAGAACCGUCUGACACGUGAUGACUUCCUGGGCCAAGUGGACAUACCUCUACAUCAGAUACCGACAGAAAAUCCUAACACUGAGAGGCCGUACACAUUCAAGGAUUUUCUGCUUCACCCAAGAAGCCACAAGUCCAGAGUCAAGGGUCACCUUCGUCUCAAAAUGACCUACCUUCCCAAAGCCUCAGGCUCCGAGGAGGACACCGCAGAUCAGACCGAGGACUCAGAUCCUGGUUGGGAGUUUCUGGAGGGUCAGGACAUGUCGGGUCCCAGGCAGAACCAGCAGCUACCUGCCCUGCCUUCUGACUGGGAGGAAAGGCAGGACAACCUGGGAAGAACCUACUAUGUCAACCAUCGCAGCAGAACCACACAGUGGCACCGGCCCACAACACAAGACAAUGAAGUGGCGACAGGACAAGGACAGACUGUCGAUAUGGAGGCCCAGCAUGCUUUCAUUUCUCGGAGACAGAUCUCCGACCAUGAGGACGGCGACAGGCGAGAGUCUCCCGAGAGCUGGGAGAUCAUAACCGAGGAUGAGUCCACCUUGUACCACAGCAAUAAUCAGUCUUACACACCUCCGCCCCAGCCGCCUCUAGAGUUCCACUCCCUCUGUGAGGAGAUGGGUCGCCUGCAAGCGUCAGGAGCCUCGCCUGUCAAUCGACACACAACCCAGAUGAAUCACGCCAAUAGAUCAAGCCAUUCCAGUCGCAGAGGAAAUGCUCAUACCUCAGUUGAGGAACAUCCUGUUAAUCCUACGGUGCUACCGACCUCAGCUGGGCUGCCUCCUGGUUGGGAGGAAAAGCAGGACAGCAAAGGAAGGCACUACUAUGUCAACCACAACAGUCGAACCACGACGUGGACUCGACCCCUCAUUCAGAUGACUUCUGAGGCAGCAGCGGCAAAUGUUUUGUUCCAGAGCCCCGCCGUGCAGCACCCCUCGCCCAUAUCGCCAGAAGGCUCUCCUCAACACUCACCAGGCCCGGUGCCUAAAUAUGAAUGUGGCUUUAUGCCUGCUGGUUGGGAGGUACGCAGUGCUCCUAGUGGAAGACCCUUCUUCAUCGACCACAACACAAAGACCACUACCUGGGAAGACCCCAGGCUAAAGAUUCCUGUGCACAUGAGGAAGACGCCUUCACUCGACCCGGCCGAUCUCGGCCCAUUGCCGCCUGGUUGGGAGGAGAGGGUCCACAGUGACGGCAGAAUAUUCUACAUAGAUCACAACACCAGGACCACACAAUGGGAAGAUCCCAGAUUACAGAACUCGGCUAUAACUGGACCAGCCGUGCCUUAUUCCAGAGAUUAUAAACAGAAGUAUGAAUACUUCCGGAAGAAACUAAAGAAACCAGCUGACAUCCCCAACCGCUUUGAGAUGAAGCUGAGGAGGAACGCCGUUCUGGAGGACUCGUACAGACGCAUCCUGUCCGUCAAGAGAGCAGAUUUCCUGAAAGCUCGGCUCUGGGUGGAGUUUGAAGGGGAGAAUGGUCUGGACUACGGGGGCGUCGCCAGGGAGUGGUUCUUCCUCAUCUCCAAAGAGAUGUUCAACCCUUACUAUGGACUGUUUGAGUACUCUGCCACGGAUAACUACACGCUGCAGAUCAAUCCCAACUCGGGCUUAUGCAACGAGGACCACCUGUCCUACUUCAAGUUCAUCGGUCGUGUGGCCGGCAUGGCGGUGUACCACGGCAAGCUGCUUGACGCUUUCUUCAUCCGGCCGUUCUAUAAGAUGAUGCUCCAGAAGCCCAUCACCCUCGGGGACAUGGAGUCUGUGGACAGUGAGUAUUUCAACUCACUGAUGUGGAUUUUGGAGAAUGACCCAACAGACCUGGAUCUGAGGUUCACCAUCGACGAAGAACUGUUUGGACAGACGCACCAGCAUGAACUGACUCCGGGCGGCAUGGACAUAGUUGUCACCGAUGAGAACAAAAAGGAAUACAUCCAUCUUGUCAUGCAGUGGAGGUUUGUGAACAGGAUACUGAAGCAGAUGACGGCAUUUAAGGAGGGGUUCUUUGAGUUGAUACCUCAGGACCUUAUCAAAAUCUUUGAUGAAAACGAGCUGGAGCUGUUGAUGUGCGGUCUGGGAGAUGUGGAUGUGAACGACUGGAGAGAGAACACCAAGUAUAAGAACGGAUACUGUGCCAACCAACCAGUCAUCCAGUGGUUCUGGAAAACUGUUCUGCUGAUGGAUGCAGAAAAGAGAAUCCGGCUUCUGCAGUUCGUGACGGGCACAUCCAGGGUACCCAUGAACGGCUUUGCUGAACUCUAUGGGUCCAACGGGCCUCAGCUGUUUACCAUCGAGCAGUGGGGAACACGUGACAAACUGCCCCGAGCCCACACCUGUUUCAAUCGUCUGGAUCUUCCCCCGUACGAGUCGUUUGAGGAGCUGAGGGAGAAACUUCACAUUGCCAUUGAGAAUGCACAAGGCUUCGACGGAGUGGAUUAAGAGCUGGAUGUGGGUGGAGUUUGGUAAAGGUUAAAUCUGUUCUGUCGCUGUCAAUCUAAGGCGAAGCGGCGUGAUGUGGUUUAGCUGCUGAGAGAGCAGCACUUUGUCAGAGCCUGGCGGUAACCAGCCAGAAAGACACUCCCGGCCUUUCCUCUGGACUCAGUCUGAACGCCUGAGAUGGUCUGGAGGGAUCACCACUUCUUCUGUCAGUCCUUUUAUUUUGUGUUUUUGGAGUUUACAGAUCAGGGCUCUUCAUCUCACAUCGUGCGGUCCUCUAUGUGUUGACUCUGAAGGAUGUUUCGGUCCACUUCAAGUGCUUUCAUAAUGAACCUGCUUAAAUGUUCUGUGUUUUUUAUUCUAUAUAUGAGGAAGUAUCUCUUGAAGGCUCCUUUAACGUGUGGGAAUGCAUCAAGCCUAUCAGAACCAGUAGUCCAUGUAAGAUCACUUCAUGUCCCUUGUUUCAUUUGGGCUGAAAAGCGUCAGAAUAAAGAUGUAAAAGAUUUUUUAAUAUCAUUCUAGUUAUCGUUGCCUAAGAUUCUGUGUAGGAAAGGACUUCUACGUGAAACGGUGGCGUGUUUUAAUGCUGGAUGGUGGAUUUCUUAUUUCGCGACGAGUCGUGAAAACAUGUUUACACUGCCGGCCAUGUUUACAGGUCGUCGAUGAAGAAAAACCGUAUGAUGGGCUUUCCCUCGCCUCUAAGGACACGUUCAUUUUAUACAUACGCUUUUAUAAAGUGAAGCACUUUGUUCUUGUAGAUUAUGAGUCUUACUUUGCCGGCGUGUCGACUUGAGACCGCUUCGUUAGUCCGGCGGUAACGCUGAUCUGCUUCAGCCUGAAACGUUUCCCUGGAAACGAGCCCGUUCACCCCGCUCGUCGGCAUCCAGAUCGGACACAGAGGCCUUCAGUUUCAACCUGCCGUCAGGUUUCCGUUGCUUUGCAUAAGAACCUUUUCAGUAACCAACGCUGUCUAAUGAAGAAUAACUUGAUGAAGGACGCGUGAUGAUGGGUCACCUCCUGACUGCUGAUGUUGUACACAAAAUGUUGUCUUUACUGGAACUAACUAUGACACCUAUAAGUGCAUUUUACUUCAACUAAAAAUCGAUUACGUUUAAGUUGUGAAAUAUGAGUUUCAUGUUCUAAUUGCAUACCAAAGUGAACGAGAGUUUAUUCAAAAAAUAAAGAAGUUGUUAAACAGGUA